ACCCUCACCGUUCGGUGACCGGAUCCAAGCUCAUAUGCACAUCCCAGCCAAAAAGAAAGGUCCUGCUGUGAAGUUUGAGGGAUAAUGGCGAUCCGGUGCUUCUCCUCUUUUGUGGCUCCUCCGCUGAACCCCGUUGCAAACCCUAGAAUCGCAAUUACCAAAUCCCCAAAUUUUGCUCAAAUUGGAAAACAUCAUGGGAUCAGCUUGCUGAAAACCAAAGCCAAGGCAUCAGCUGAGCCCGAUCUUCUCGCUAGAGAAGAUCCUGACCCUGUUAGCAGCUCCAAUGAUUAUGGAGUUGUUAGUAUCCACCAUGUGGGUAUUCUAUGUCAAAACCUUGAGAAGUCACUUGAGUUCUAUCAGAACAUCUUGGGUCUUAAAAUUAAUGAAGCAAGGCCAAAUGAUAAACUUCCAUACAGAGGUGCUUGGCUGUGGAUCGGUGACGAGAUGAUCCAUUUGAUGGAACUUCCAAACCCUGAUCCCUUGACAGGACGACCUGAACAUGGAGGACGUGACCGUCAUGCCUGUAUUGCAAUAAAAAAUGUGGCAAAGCUCAAAGAAAUCUUUGAUAAAGCUGGAAUCACCUAUACUCUCAGUCGCUCUGGUAGGCCAGCAAUCUUUACGAGAGACCCAGAUGGAAAUGCUCUUGAAUUCACCCAAGUUUAAUAAGGUACAUCUAUUCAAAAGCAAAGGUA